CUGUUACCCCGUGGAUUUUCGACCAAUCGUUAUACAUCAUUUGCUUCCCACUGUUGAAUUUUUGGGUCCAUGAGACACAACUAUUCUUUCUUACUCUAACAUUUACUUUUGAUCUAUCAAAGAAAAGGACAAAACUAUGAAAGUCUAACAAACUACUACUACUACUAUUAUACUACCACAAACAGUGCUGAAAAUUUAUAGGGGAAGGAGAGACACACAAGCACCACGCCACUCUGUUACUUUUAAAAGACAAUCAGUGAGCGUUCUUGAGUCGUCCAGUUCAGUGCAUUCGUUGUAAAAAUUUAUACAAUAUAUUUUUAUUAAUAUAUGCUAUUAAAUUGUAUAAAUAAUUAGCCAAUUAUUAUUAUUAUUAUUGAAAUUAAGACAUAUUAAUCUAUUAAUUAAAUAAUUUUUUAUUUUGGAGUAAUUGUGAUGUUCAGGUGACUUUUGUGCUAGGGGGCGGGGGGUGAUAUAUGUUUUUUUAUCAUUUUAAUUAUUGACAACACUAUGAACAGUGUUAAAACAUUAUUAAUAAAUUUUUAAUACUUAUAAUAUUGUUAAUUGAGUAAAAAAACAUCUAAUAUGUGGCCACAGGAUUUAUUUUUAUUUGUGAUUCUAACGAGUUUAACAAGUGGAAUUAAAGGAGCAUCAGUUGCUCUUGCUGAUUAUGAAAUUCCUAAUGAAACAGAGGAAAUAUUUGACAAAGAAUAUAAAUCAACAAAUCGAGUAACGUGUUAUUGUAAUGAGCCAGAAUGUGUACCACGUGGUUAUAUGUGUUCUGGUACUGGUUGUUUUACUGAAUUACCAAUAAAUGGUUUUCCAAUUGGAACAAAACCAGAGCAUUCUGUUAAAAAUGGAUGUUUAACUGAAAGUUUUAAAGAAAAACAAUGUCCACCUGGUCUUUUAUGUUGUGAUCAAGAUCUUUGUAAUCAUGUUGAUAGUCCUGCAAUGAUUAGUAGGCUCAACAAAACACUUCAAGAUUUAGUAGCUGAUCAAAGAGAAUUUAUGGGAAGAAUACAACCAACAGUACCAAUAAUACGUUCAAAUGAUAGCUGGUUUAAAACAGCAACAAUUGCUGUACCAAUAUUUGGAUUUGUUGUGCUAUUAAUACUUGCAAGUCUUGCUAUAAAACUUCUUCAACCAUUACCAAUGCAAUCAGAAAAAUUAGGUUUACCUGACUAUCGAAUGCCUGAUAAUGCACCACCUCUUCUUGGUUCACCAAAAGUGCCUCUUGUUUAACGACAAAAUAUUAAAAAACAAAUUUAUUUAAUAUAUAUAUAUAUACAAAGUAAUGGCUCGAAUAUGGAUCUGAAGUAUCCCAAAGACUUUUGUUUAUCAUAUUAACAAAAGAGCCUAAAACUAUUUACGCAAAACAAUGAUGACAAAUUUUUUAAAUAAUAAUUAUUAAUAUUUUUCUUAACAAUAAUAAUAAUUAAAAAAAAAAAAGCUAGCGAACUCUUGUUACGCACAUGGCUGUGAAUUUUAUGAAGUAAAUAUUAAAAAGAAAAAAAGAAGAAACAAAAAAACAAAAAAAAAAAAAAAAAAACUGAUAAAAAUGAUAAAAUAAUGAAUUAUUGUAUAUUAAUGUAUGAUUAUUUUAAUAAACAUUUUACGUUAUCGAGCAAUCGCAGCUCACCUCGUGGCCGGUACCGAGAGAUUUUUAAAAUCAUUUUUUUUUGUUUUUUUAAAUAUAACUUGCGAUACAAUUAAAUUUUCUUUUUUUUUUUUUUAUUUUGUUCGGUCUAGAUUUAAGUUCCCUAAUAUAUUAUUCAAACUAGGACCCCCCAUUUUCUUCUUCUCGUUAAU